GCUAUGUUCAUUGUAAUGGCUGGAGCUAUAGUACUCACAACCAUAGGAAAUCUAAUGGUGAUCAUUUCAGUGUCACAUUUUAAACAGCUCCAUUCUCCGACUAACUUCCUUAUUCUGUCCUUGGCCAUUACAGAUUGCCUGUUAGGACUGGUGAUUAUGCCUUACAGCAUGGUGAGGUCAUUAACAUCUUGCUGGUAUUUUGGAGACUUAUUCUGCAGGUUGCACAGUUGCUUAGACAUGACAUUGUCUACAACCUCUAUAUUUCAUCUCUUCUUUAUUUCUGUUGACCGAUACUAUGCAGUGUGUCAGCCUCUUCAUUAUUGCAGAAACAUAACUACUAAUGUCAUAUUGGUAUUUAUAUGUAUCAGUUGGGCUUUCUCCUGUCUGUAUUCUUCUGGGCUUGUUUUUUCCAAUGUACACACUGAGGGAAUCCAAAACUAUUUAGCCACAUUUGCUUGUACUGGCUCCUGUUCUCUUGCUUUUAACAAGAUUUGGGCAGUAAUUACUUCAGCACUGUGUUUCUUUAUGCCAGGGACAAUGAUGAUUGGGAUUUACAUACACAUUUUCUCUGUUGCCAGUAAGCAAGCUAAGCUUGUACGUAAUCAGCAGAAUGUUCACACUGAUAAAGCAAAGAAUAAACUGUCUUUCAGGGCUGAAAGCAAAGCAGCAAAAGCACUAAGUAUUGUCAUGGGUGUGUUCUUGUUUUGCUGGCUGCCAUUUUUCAUUGUAACUUUAGUGGACCCUUACACAGAUUUUUCAGCUUCAGAAGAUGUAUACAAUACAGUUCUAUGGUUUGGGUAUUUGAACUCUGCCAUCAACCCCAUCAUUUAUGCAUUGUUUUACCCAUGGUUUAAAAGAUCAUGUGCAUUGAUUGUAAAUGGGAAUAUAUUUAAGGCAGGAUCUUCAUUUUCACAUAUUAUAAGUAGUGUUUAA